AUGGCGUUCUCAUGUUCGAAGUUUGUCUCCAGGUUAUCGUCUCGGUUACAGCCCUCUUUCGCUUCCAAAUUCAACAAGAAGUCGCUUUCUCCACUCACGUCGCUCUGCUCGCCUUCUCAGUCUCAGUUCUCUCUUUCUACGAGACGCCUCUCAUGCUUCUCCAGAUUACCACUGGAAUUGAGUUGCGUGGGAUCGAUAUUGCCAUUGCACAGCGCGAUAGCUUCAGCAAGAUUAGUAUCCAGCUUGUCCAGUGAGUCUGAUAGCUGGACUUUAGUGCCUCAAGGUAUCUCCAUGCCUUUAUGACAGUCUCCUUUGCAGCAACUUUUGGUGAGGGAGGUGGAAAAGAAUGUAGUUUUUUCUUUUUCCCCCUUUUUCUGAUUUCAAUUCAAAACCUAAGAUUUCGUAAGGAUCAUUGCCUAAAGUGACACCAAUUGGGACUUGAUUUCUUCUGUUCACGUUCAUCAUUUUCAUUUUAGUCAACACCUCUUUUGUAAUGUCUGUGUCCAGGAGGCUGAAUAAAUUUCUGUUCAAUCAUGAUGAAAUAUUAUGCAUCUGCUUUAUGACAGUUGCAGGUGAAAA